AUGCGUCCUCUCCCGACUCAGCUAUCCCGUCAAAUCAGAAACCCUAAUCUGAACAAGUUCACAGCUCUAAGCUUUACCGCUUCGCAACGCACCUCGUAUCGCACUAUGUCUACCGACAAAGGCGAGCUCAAGAUCGAGAACACGAAUAUCCAAACUGCACCAGGCGUGGAUCUUUCCGAACGCCAACAGACUCUCGUCGGUAGCGUCCUCGACCUUUUCGCCGGCCGACCAUCCCUAGCAAAGCUCCAGCUCUGGCAAGAUGAGGGAGAGUUCAUCGACCCAUUGACUAUUGCCAAGGGCCGCAAGCAAUACGAGGCACAGUGGUAUGGUCUACAGACUGCAUUCUCGGAGAUUGAGAGGUUGUCCCACGAGGUCAAGACCAAUGGCAAUCCGAUUGAGAUGGAUAUGAAGACAAGAUAUGUCGUGAAGGGUAUUGGCAAGGAACAGGUCAUUGCGAGCAAGAUCUUGAUCCACCAGGAUGGCGACAAGAUCUCGAAGGUGGAGGAUAGGUGGGAUGGAAAGCUGCCAGAGAGUUCGAUUGCUCAGUUCUUCCAGCGUGUCAACGCGAAUACUGUCCCGCUCAUGGUCGGCGUGCCCAAGAAUGCGGAGGAAGAUGCGAAGAAGGGCAACCAGUGA